AUGUCGUUUAGAAGCAUUGUUCAAGAUUUGAGAGAUGGGUUUGGUAGCUUGUCAAGAAGGAGUUUCGAUUUCAGGCUCUCGAGUCUCCACAAAGGGAAAUCUCAGGGAUCUUCCUUCCGCGAGUAUUCGUCCUCCCGUGAUCUCUUGUCGCCUGUGAUAGUCCAGACAAGCAGAUGGGCUAAUCUCCCUCCGGAGCUACUCUUCGACGUGAUCAGAAGAUUAGAAGAGAGCGAGAGUAAUUGGCCUGCAAGAAAACACGUCGUCUCUUGCGCUUCUGUUUGUCGUUCUUGGAGAGAUAUGUGCCAAGAGAUCGUCGUUUGUCCUGAAAUCUGCGGGAAGCUCACUUUUCCCGUUUCCCUCAAACAGCCAGGACCUCGUGAUGCUAUGAUUCAAUGUUUCAUCAAAAGGGAUAAAUCAAAGCUAACAUUUCACCUUUUUCUUUGUUUAAGUCCUGCUCUGCUUGUUGAGAAUGGCAAGUUUCUUCUUUCUGCUAAACGAACUCGUAGAACUACACGAACCGAGUACAUUAUAUCAAUGGAUGCUGAUAACAUCUCAAGAUCCAGCAACUCUUACCUCGGAAAGCUCAGAUCAAACUUUCUUGGGACGAAGUUCUUGGUGUACGACACACAACCACCACCGUCCACAUCGUCGUCGUCGAGCGCAGCACUUAUCACCGAUCGAACAAGCCGGAGCAGGUUUCACUCAAGAAGAGUGUCUCCCAAAGUCCCCACCGGUAGCUACAACAUAGCUCAGAUCACAUACGAGCUCAACGUGCUAGGCACGCGCGGUCCAAGGAGAAUGCACUGCAUCAUGAACUCAAUCCCAACUUCAUCGCUCGAACCUGGCGGCUCCGUCCCGAACCAACCGGAGAAGCUCCUCCCUCCGCCACCGCGCUCUUUAGACGACUCCUUCCGCAGCAACAUCUCCUUCUCCAAAUCGUCUCUCGACCACCGCUCCGUCGACUUCAGCAGCUCUAGAUUCUCCGAGAUCGGUGUCUCCUGCGAGGACGACGGAGGAGGAGAGGAACAGAGUUUCCGACCGUUGAUACUAAAGAACAAGCAGCCGAGGUGGCACGAGCAGUUACAAUGCUGGUGUUUGAAUUUCCGCGGACGUGUCACCGUCGCGUCGGUUAAAAACUUCCAGCUGGUGGCGUCAAGACUUCCACCGCCGCCGCCGACGACGCAAGGGACGACGACAGCUGCACCACCGCCGCCGCACCCGGAGCAAGACAAAGUGAUUCUCCAGUUUGGUAAAGUUGGGAAAGAUAUGUUCACGAUGGAUUAUAGGUAUCCGUUAUCGGCGUUUCAGGCGUUUGCGAUUUGCUUAAGCAGCUUUGACACCAAGCUCGCUUGUGAAUAG